UCUAGACGUACCCUUGGUAAUGAAAAUCAUAGAACAUUUAUAAAUGAAUAAUCCAUGGAUUUUCUAAUAAAUGCACAUUGUCAAUACAAUACCAUCAGAGCAUCAUGUAUAUUACAUGUAAAACCUAAUUUGUGUUUAUCAAGGGCUGUGACAAGUAGGGGGCUUUGUACAGCUUAGGAAUUCUGAAUGAUAUUAUGUAAUGCUUGAUAAGAUGUUUGUAUUGUGAAAAACCUGUAUGCAGAUCUACCACUUUACAACAUACUUCAUAAGAUCCACACUUCACAACAGGCACAUGUCACAUUGAGGACAACAAGAAGGGACUUAAUAUUUAAUGAUUGUGCUUUGAUCACAAUGAUUAUCUGUAAGAACCACUGAUUCAAAGGGAAAAAUGUGUCUUCCUUUUUCUGAAGAGGUGGAGGAAAAGGAGAGAGGUGGAAAGUUACCAAAAGAAAGAGCUAAGGGUGCCAGGUCUUGGAAGGGAGAUAAUAUAAAUAACGAGAGCCACACAAGAAGAGGAAGCAUUGGGCAGGCAAGAGGAAGAUCAUAGAGAAUGGGUAAAAGGUCUCCAUGAUGAAGCAGCAGUCCAGCAUGUAGCAGCCUCAUGAGGUGGGGGACAUGAUGUGCUUUCCUAAAUAGAUGGUCUCCCAAGCCAGCCUUUUGUCAGCAUUCCCUAGGAAGUUCAAGUCCUGGGGGAGACAGCUGCAGGCAGAUCUGACACCCCAGCACAGCAAGCCUAACUCCAACAUUAAGGUGCAAUGAAUGUGCUUUGACUGACAGCAUUCUGCUGCUCUGGAGCUAACCAGCUGUGCCAGGGUGUGAACACGGUACCCAUCUACAGGUGUAAUAGUGGAGGGUCCUCCCUGUGCACCGAGGAGCAAAAGUGAGGCACCACUCCAAUCUUUGGCACAAGACUUUCUCGAGCUCCCACUAGAGUGGUGCAGGUUAGUCUCACUGCAGGGCAGUAUCUAGAAAGGCGUUCCUGCACCCUUUGUUAAACUGAAACAAUAUUUAGGCAUUGUGAGUCACCUAAGGUCUGCUUUCAGAGUUGGGAAAAGAGGUGAACUUCCUAAUUUUGUGUAAAACCUGAAAUGUUGAUCACAAAGGAUAGAACAAAGGGGUUUUAACAAGGGUCAAAUAGUUCUUAAAAUAAAUUCAAAGCUCGCAUUUCUAUGUGGAAAAAAGGCUUGUCUCUCCUACUGAAGGGAAGCAAGAAUCAAUCUUGUGAUGCUAUUGCUCCAUUGUGCUACAUCACUUGAGGAAUCAGACUAUUGAAGGGAUUGCCUAACUACCUGUUUUCUCUGAUUUCUACACACUGGAAAUCUCUGCUCAUGGAAAACUGAGGAAUAGAAGAGCCAGAGUGUUGCAGGUCAAGGAUGGCAUUGCAUUAGCAGUGACCCUGCAUGGUAUCUUCCCACAUUCUGUCUGUCAGCUGAUGUGAGUUCUUAAUUUUAAGGAGUAUCUUAUUACUUACACACACAUUCUACAAGGAACAAGUUUGCCAAGACUCAUUCAAAUGUAAGAUACUGGAAUCCAGGAGGAAGGUGUUUGAUGUGAUUAUCCAGAUAUGAAACUGUACUUCCCUAGUUUUCACUAAGGAACAUACAUUUAUAAUUGUGAGUCAAGCCUGCUUCACAGACCAGCAUAUUUCAUUAAUUGGAAAAAAAAGCUUUGAAAUGUUGACUUGUAGGAGGAGCUUAGCUCAGAGGUACUGUGGGUGGGACUAAUUCAUAUCAGGGUGUUUAAGUUUUGGCAUGAGAGAAAGACUUCUCAGAGUAGAAGGUUUAUUUCUAAAGGAUAAAUCAAAGGGUGUGUGUGUUUCUUUUUUCAAUUUAAGAUGCUAUCAGUUGAUACUCAGAUUCUUCUUGUAAUAAUUCUGGGGGCUUCUGACUGCCAGAUAAUCCCCAGGAUUGAAGAAUGUGGACUCAAAUGUUCUCAGGGGUUUCAUUGUAAAAGCAAACCUUCCACUGGUAUUUUUAACAGUUUCUGCCGUGAUGCUCCUGCCUCUUUAUCUUCUACUGUACUGAAAAGCAUGAAGCUCUCAACAAUGAUGAAGUGUGUACAGGGAAACCAAUGUUCUCUUCACUUAAGCAUUAAAGGGACACUGCAUCUUGAUGAAAAUAUUCGUGGUCUGGAAAUUUGUUUUCUAUCUGUGGACACGCAGCAAUCUCAGUGUGUGAGCGUGAGGUUUUCUAGAAAAACAAACAAGAAGCUUGGUAGAAGGAAGGUUCACGUGCAGUUUAAUUGCUUUGAAGUCAAUGUAGCACAACACAUCUAUGUGACAAUGAAAACAAUACCAAAUUACUGUGAAGUCAAGUUGAGUCAGGAAUACUAUGUUGAAGAUUGCAGGAACAAUGAUGUGGGAAAACAUAUUCCAGUCUGUUUUGCUGGGAAGUUGGAUUAUAAUGUGGACAGGGUGAGGAAAACGAUAUCUGUGAUUGUAUCAAACUUUCUUCAAGGCCAUGACUAUUAUGUUCGUUUAUGUCACAAAUGGUUUACCUGUGAAGAUGUGGGCUCAUUUGCGUUGUUAAAAGGAACGGAGUCUUUGAAGUCAACUUCCUUACAAUAUUCUCAGUUACUUCCUUGUCUCUGUAUUGAGGGCUGGUCAGCGAUCCCAGAUGCAAGGAGGACACAACUUUGCCCUUUUAAAAAUGAUACAGAGGCACUGUGGGAUAACAUUGCAUAUAAUCCAGCCACACAAACACUAGCCUGGGAACCAGCCUGUCCCGUGUCCGUCACUGUUAACUUGUGCAGGUUAACAAAGUUGAAUGACCCAUGUGUAGAACUACAAAACUCAUCAAUUACAGCUCCAGAGAAACAGGUAAAAUAUUCCCGAGUGGACACUCAUCCAAGACUUUGCAUGAAGUUUACAACCAAGCAAGGCUCUUGGGUUAGAUGCCCCUUUGCUCAUGGAACGUUUCCAGCUUGGAAGAUGGGAAUUGCUGCCAGGGCAGAAAAGAUACAAAUCUCUUUCACCUCACAAACUAUGGCACAAUUUUCAGCAUUGGUGUGUAACAAGACACAGAUGUCUUCAUGUAACUCUGUUGGAACACACCACUCAGUCUCAGCGGGUGACUCUCAUAUCACAAAUGUCAAUAUUUCAGGUGAAAUAUGUGGCUCAGAACUUUGCAUUCAGGGCUGGAGGACAGAUGUAGAUUAUUCUGUUCCACUGCAGAUCUGCGAUAUCAAAUGCACAUUAUCUUCCCCAAGUGAAGACGAUGAUGAAAACUCCUUAAAGAUCAUAUUACUGACAGCAAUGAUUUUAAUCCUGCUGACCACGAUGACUCUCCUUGGACACAAAAUGUUAACAGUUUUUUACAGAAAGAAACAUGGAGGCAGCAGUCCAGCCCAGAUCAUAAGGCAGAGUUUCUCCACUAGAGUGAAGAGUGCCCCUUCCCUGCAUUGAUGAUGGUGACUUGUGAAUUUAGCAGAACUCUUUCAAGAUCCACAACAUCCUUCUCCAGGUUUACUUUACAUGUUACUUGCAAAUUCUUGCUCACACGAGUAGUUUUCUCUCGUGCAAUCAGUCCCCAUUGACUUGGGUAGGACUAUUCAUAAGUGUAAAAGGCUUUACAAGUUCUGAGUGUAACAUUUUAACAUCUUCAAAUGAGGGACUAUCAUAUGUGGGUGGAGAAUCUGGCACACAAUUUCCUGUGAAAUAAAUGGAGCAUUUAAGAGGCCAGUAGUGGGUAGGUUUCACAACCCAGAUGCUGUAUUAUGGGUACUUCAAGAUUUAAAGAUUUCUUCCUUUUAAAUCCAUAAACUUGAAUAACUAAGAGUUAUGGAACGAAAGAGAUUUUAUCUAAACACUGAUAAAUUAAUUUGUCUCUGGCCAGCUGAACUAUAGCUUUAUUUUCUGAAAUCUUUCUGAUAUCUUUACAAUACUGGAGCAAUUUCUGCCAUUGACAGACAUAUAACCCUGAAAUUCUUCUCAGGUCAGUCUAUUCAGUAUUUGAUGUAUUGUAUUUCUUUGAGUCAAAAGCAUUUGUAUUUUAUUUUCUGGAAAAAUUGAAACAACUUCAUAGUUUUGUAAAAUAAUUUCAAAUUAAAAUGACAAUGUGCCUUUUCUCUCAAGGGAACUAGUUCCUUCUUCAAUCCCAUUAGUUAAUUGGAAAACCCCUUUUGUCUUGCAUGGAAUAUAGGUAUUAUGUAAAGCAUUUUGUCAACAUAAUGGACUAACGUGUUUUUGUCUUAUAUUAUAAUGUCAGUAUUUAUACUUGCAACUGAAUAUAAUACCAAAUACUAUACAAAAUGUU